AAAAUUCCCACACAAACACAAUCAUAGAUUAUUUUGAAUAAACUCUGUUGCUGCUUGUAUUGCUUAUUAUCAAUUAUCCAUUUCUGCAGUUUUAACCCCUCUGUCUUAGAAGAAGCAUCUCACGAUGGGGAAACCUCGCAUGAUCAUCCUGAUCAGACAUGCUCAGUCAGAAGGCAAUAAAAACCGCGAUAUUCACCAGACCAUCCCCGACCACCGAGUAAAGCUCACCCCGGAAGGCUGGGCACAAGCCCACGAGGCAGGCCGACGACUUCGUUCCCUCCUCCGCGCCGACGACACUCUCCACUUCUUCACCUCCCCCUAUCGCCGCACGCGAGAGACGACCGAAGGCAUACUUGCCACCCUGACCUCUGACGACCCUUCUCCUUCUCCAUUCCCCCGGCAUAGUAUAAAAGUCUAUGAGGAGCCGAGGUUAAGGGAGCAGGACUUUGGAAAUUUCCAACCAUGUUCGGCGGAGAUGGAACGUAUGUGGCACGAGCGAGCCGAUUAUGGACAUUUCUUCUAUAGGAUUCCGAAUGGGGAGUCCGCCGCGGAUGCGUAUGACCGUAUCAGUGGGUUUAAUGAGAGCUUAUGGCGGCAGUUUGGGGAAGAGGACUUUGCUUCCGUUUGCGUACUCGUGACCCAUGGACUCAUGUCUCGCGUCUUCCUCAUGAAAUGGUACCACUUCAGCGUUGAAUAUUUUGAAGAUCUCCGCAACGUGAACCACUGCGAAUUCCUCAUCAUGCGCAAAUCCCCCGACUCUGGGAAAUACAUUCUCGAGAACCGGCUUCGCACAUGGUCAGAGCUGAAGCGCGAACGAGCCGCCGCUGCCAAGGAGAAAGAGAAGAAGCUGAUAUCGUCCGUCUCAGAAAAAGACAGAGAGAAGGAGAAAAGACUGGAAGCCACAGGACUGGCGACAUCACAAAACGUCGUGCCGCCUAGGAAGAAAUGGGGCGGCUGCCCCAAUGGCUGCAAUCACGCAAAAUACUACU